GGAGUCUGUGUGGGGCUGCGUAGCUGCGAGGCAGAAGUGCCUUCCCGUCUGCCCAGGACCUCACCAUGUCCACCGAUUUCCCUGAACUGGAUCUAGAGAACUUUGUGUAUGAUGAUUCCGCCGAGGCCUGUUAUGUGGGUGACAUUGUGGCCUUUGGGACCGUCUUCCUGUCCAUCUUCUACUCCCUCGUCUUCUCGUUCGGCCUGGUGGGAAACCUGCUGGUGGUCCUUGCCCUCACCAACAGCCGAAAGCCCAAGAGCAUCACCGAUAUCUACCUCCUGAACCUGGCCUUGAGUGACCUGCUCUUUGUGGCCACCUUGCCCCUCUGGACUCACUAUCUGGUCAGCGACGAAGGCCUCCACAACGCCCUGUGCAAGCUCACCACCGCCUUCUUCUUCAUCGGCUUCUUCGGGGGCAUAUUCUUCAUCACCGUCAUCAGCAUCGACAGGUAUCUGGCCAUUGUCCUGGCCGCCAACUCCAUGAACAACCGAACGGUACAGCACGGCGUCACCAUCAGUCUGGGAGUCUGGGCAGCGGCCAUCUUAGUGGCGUCCCCCCAGUUCAUGUUCACGAAGAGAAAGGACAAUGAGUGUCUGGGUGACUAUCCCGAGGUCCUCCAGGAAGUCUGGCCUGUGCUCCGCAACGCGGAAGCCAACAUCCUGGGCUUUGUGCUGCCCUUGCUUCUCAUGGGCUUUUGCUACUUCCGCAUCAUCCAGACGCUGUUUUCCUGCAAGAAUCACAAGAAGGCCAGGGCCAUCAGACUCAUCCUGCUUGUGGUGGGGGUGUUUUUCCUCUUCUGGACGCCCUACAACAUUGUGAUUUUCCUGGAGACCCUCAAGCUCUACGACUUCUUUCCCAGCUGUGACGUGAAGCGGGGCCUGAGGCUGGCCCUCAGCGUGACGGAGACAGUGGCGUUCAGCCACUGCUGCCUCAACCCCUUCAUCUACGCCUUUGCUGGGGAAAAGUUCAGACGGUACCUGCGACACCUGUACCGGAAGUGCCUGGCCGUCCUGUGCGGUCGAUCCGUCCACCCCAGCUUCUCGCCUGAAUCCCAGAGGAGCAGGCAGGAGAGCAUUUUGAGUAGCUUUACUCACUACACAAGUGAGGGAGAUGGGUCCAUCCUGCUCUGAAGGGGCCGCCCCAGCCCUGCCUCCACAGAGCCCAGAGUUCCUGCAUCAGACUGCAAUGUACAAGAACUAGACCAGAUGCUUACAGAUCAACCCAACAGUGUUUUUUGGUUUUAUGUUUGUUUGU